AUGGCUGCUCAAAGAGAACUCAAGCCCUCCAUUUGUCUCAACUUCUCUUUCUUUAAAGACUAUAUGAAAGAAUUACGAAGAGUAGACGACAAUAUUAUCAACAGACUAAACUCUACCUCUACACAAAGUGAAGCUGCAUGUGCUGACUUCUUUAGACAAAUAUCAGAAGCUUAUGCUAGACGUGAUGAAACGAUCAAUUACUGCCUCAAGAUUAUGGAUGAAGAACUCGACAAGAAGAAUAAAAAGUUACAAGAAGACCCUGAUGACUUUGAUGUUAAAAAUAGCAUUUUCACUCAAGAGUCUAUACGUCAAUCCAUUUCAAAUGAGAGAUACGUUGAAGAAAUUGUUAGAGAUCGUACCUUGGAUGUAUUCAAAAACAAAUGUAGAUUAUUUGAUACUUCUCCUCUAGACAAGUAA